UCAUUCUCCGCUUAAUAGGUACUGUACCAUCUCGUUCUCUCAACCUCGGCCAAAACCCUGUCUUCUUCUCGCUAUCCCGUGUUCUCAUUCUUCAUUUCUAGUGCAAUUCUUGUUCAACAAAACCUCACCCUCUUCACAUUAAUUCUAAAGCCACCUUAUAGAUAAUUCAGGUACCAAGGAGGAAGCAUUGAGUACUUUUGACUUUUGCAGCUUGUAAAUUCAUCUGGGUUUUGGAUUAUUUCUGAGAGAUUUCAAUGGCAGGUCUGGUUUUUCCCGGGAUUAUUUCACGCAGCUGUUAUAGAGUCCUCAGAGUUCACUAGGGCAGAAACAAAACCGCCGAAUAAUUCAAAAAAGAGAACCAAACAGUUGGAAUCAGAAACUAUCGCUACCGCUAGGGCCUAUAAUUUGAGUAUAAACCCUCAAUUUCAGUAUCUUCUAUGGAUGAGAAGGCAUAAAGGUAUGGGAAUGAAGAGUGCUGGAGGAGGAGAGAUUGUCCAGGUUCAAGGAGGUCACAUUGUUCGAUCCACCGGUCGGAAAGAUCGUCACAGUAAGGUUUAUACUUCCAAAGGUCCUCGAGAUCGGAGGGUUCGUUUAUCGGCCCACACAGCGAUUCAAUUCUACGAUGUUCAGGACCGCCUCGGCUACGACCGGCCUAGCAAAGCCGUCGAUUGGCUCAUCAAGAAGGCCAAAUACGCCAUUGAUAAGCUCGCUGAGCUUCCUCCGUGGCAGCCUGCGGCCGCUAAUACGACGGAGGAAACUCACAAAGCGGAAGACCCUGAGAAUUCUGAAGCUCCUUCCGGGUUUCUCCCGACGGCGAUUGAUUCCGACGCAAUAGCUUUCUUCCCCACCAGUUCUGCAGCUUCCUCCAUCAAUUUCCAGAGCUACCCGUCGGAGAUGAUCUCCAGAACAACGAAUUCCGGGCAAGAUCUUGGCCUGUCUCUUCAUUCGUUCAAUCAAACGGCUUCGAACGACGAAAACCUGUUCGGUGGUUCGAACCCGGCCGAAUUCGAGUCGAAUUUUCAGAGGAUUUUCGAGCCUAAUUUGUUGAUGGGCCAAGGUUCGAUGUUUCCUCAAAGGGGGACCCUUCAGUCCAGUUUUUCGCCGCUGGUUCGCGCAUGGAGCGGCGUACCCGUGGCUUCUUCGGAGCAGCAUCAUCAAAAUCACAAGUCGCAACCUUCCAUCUUCGGCGGCCGCUUUCACUCCGACGGGCUGCCGGAAUUCUGCAUUCCGACGAGAAUUCAAGACCAGCAACAAGAACCGUCAUCCACUUCUCCUAAUUCUCACCACCACUGACCAAAAACUAUCCUGCCUGCUUCUACACUCAUCAGGAGGAGCAUUUUGAAGCAGAUAUGCAACUUGUAAAGUUGGAUUGGAUUCACGUCGUCAUCUUAUUUUGAUUUGGUAUUAUUGUUCAUGCGUAUUGCAGGCAUUAUAGUUGAUGCCGUUUAAUAUGAAGUGGGUCUCUUUGAAUUUAUAUACACUAUAUGGAACUUUAAUUAAUUACUUGAUGGGUUUGAGAUGAA